ACCAGCAUCGGUCUCAUAGAAACACACACUACACAAGCUUCAGAGGAGCCUGAGUGCGACUACAGGGCAGCAUGUCUAAUAUCGCUAAAGUUCUUUCUAGGAGGCAGGAUAGAGGAGAAGGAUUGGGAACAAACGAGAAUGCGAUUCCCUUCAACAAGCAGGACUACCAGACCCUAAAGCAGGAAUGCCAGGCGAAAAAAACCCUGUUCUGUGACCCGACCUUCCCUGCUGAAUCCGACUCUCUGGGAUACAACGAACUCGGGCGGUACUCCUUCAAGACCAGAGGAGUGCAGUGGAAGAGACCUAAGGAGCUCUGCUCAAGCCCUCAGUUCAUUGUGGACGGAGCCAAGCGGACGGACAUCUGCCAAGGAGCUUUAGGCGACUGUUGGUUGCUGGCAGCUAUUGCAUCUUUGACUCUGGAUAAUGCAAUUCUGGAACGUGUAGUUCCACCUGGACAGAGUUUUAUAGAGGACUACGCCGGCAUCUUUCACUUUCAGUUCUGGCAGUUCGGUGAAUGGGUGGACGUGGUCAUCGAUGACCGGCUGCCCACCAGAGAUGGAAAGCUGCUGUUUGUUCAUUCCGCCGAGGGCUCUGAGUUCUGGAGCGCACUGUUGGAAAAAGCUUAUGCAAAGCUUAACGGCUCAUAUGAAGCUCUGUCUGGAGGUUCGACCACUGAGGGUUUUGAGGAUUUCACUGGAGGCAUCGCUGAGAACUAUGAGCUGAGCAAAGCUCCUCCAUACCUGUUUAAACUCAUGCAGAAAGCACUGACACUGGGAUCAUUACUGGGCUGCUCCAUUGAUAUUACCAGUUCCUAUGAGACAGAGGCAGUGACGAGUCUGAAGCUGGUGAAGGGUCAUGCCUACUCCGUCACGGGUGCAGAGGAGGUUCAUUCCAAUGGUCGUCUGGUUCAGUUGGUGCGUAUCAGGAACCCUUGGGGUCAGGUGGAGUGGACGGGCCCUUGGAGUGACGAUUCCAAAGACUGGAACAGCGUCCAACCAGAGGAGAAAGCUAAACUGGAUUAUUCUGCUGAAGAUGGAGAGUUCUGGAUGGCAUAUUCGGACUUCAUACAGCAGUUUUCAAAGUUAGAGAUCUGUAAUCUGACACCAGACACUCUUUCAAGUGAAGAUGUGAGCCGCUGGAACUACAGCCAAUUUGACGGCAACUGGAGGGUGGGAUCCAGCGCAGGAGGCUGCAGGAACAACCCAGCUACAUUUUGCUCAAACCCUCAGUUUGUGAUCAAGCUGGAGGAAGAAGAUGAUGAUCCUCAUGAUGGAGAGGAUGGCUGCACAAUCCUAGUGGGUCUGAUGCAGAAAGACGGUCGUAAAGACAAGCGGUUUGGACGAGACCUGAACACCAUUGGGUUCGCUAUCUAUAAGGUUCCAGAUCAGAUCAAGGGCCGCAGCAACAUUAUUCUCGGUCCUGAUGUACUGCUGCGUCAGAGGUCCAUCGCAGGAAGCAACACCUUCAUCAACCUACGAGAGGUGAGCGAGCGCUUCAAACUGCCUCCGGGUGAAUACGCCAUCAUCCCAUCCACUUUUGAGCCGCAUCGCAAAGGAAGCUUCGUACUGCGCGUGUUCACAGAGAAAGAGGCUGAUGCCAGCCUCAUGGACACGGAUAUCAGUGCAAAUGUGAAAAAGCAAUACAUAUCUGAAAGUGACGUGGACCCACAUUUCAAACACCUUUUCAAUAAAGUUGCUGGAAGUGACUCUGAGGUGUCUGUAUUUGAACUACAGCAGAUCCUGGACAGCGUUACCUCAAAACGAACCGAUGUGAAGACGGAAGGAUUUAGUAUGGAAACCUGUCGCCACAUUAUGAGCCUGCUAGAUAGAGAUGGCAGCGGCAAACUUGGUCUUGUGGAGUUUCAUAUUCUGUGGACAAAGAUCCAGAAAUAUUUGGAGGUUUUUAAAAAGUAUGAUACAGACAACUCAGGCACUAUGAGUUCACAUGAGAUGAGGGAGGCCGUGAAAGGAGCAGGGUUCCAGCUGAACAACGAGGUUCUUCAGGUGAUCAUCUCACGUUACGCCAAUCAGCAGUACUCCAUUGACUUCGAUUCCUUCGUUGGCUGCCUGAUUCGUCUGGAAAUGCUCUUCAAAAUAUUUAAAACAUUCGAUAAGAAGGACACUGGGAAAAUCGAGCUGGAUAUCCUGCAGUGGCUCUGCUUGGCCCUCAGUUGAAGAUCCACCCACUUCGCACCAGAAUUGCACUAGAGGUCAAUUCAUCAUUAAACUGAAGAGGAUGCAGAAAAGUCACAAGCAAAAUUUUAAAACUAAAUAUGGGUAUUAUCUAAGCUUGGAAUUGCUUAGAGAAUGCAAUUUGUUUAUGGCGCUCAUCUGCUGAAAAUAAAACAAUUUGUCACCUAAAUUCA